AUGGCAGCUACGUUGGAUUUUAGGACCCAUGUGGACCAGUCCUGCAGAUAUUCGGAGGAAUUCGUCAACAUUUACUACGACUGCAUGGAUAAGAAGAGAAGGAACCUGACCAGACUGUACUUGGAUAAGGCAACGCUGGUGUGGAAUGGUAACACCGUGUCCGGACUAGAUGCCCUCGGGGAGUUCUUCGAGGCGCUCCCUUCUAGUGAGUUCCAACUACAUACGCUGGAUUGUCAACCAGUACACGAUCUAGCAACCCAAGGUCAGAUGACUCUGCUGGUUGUGACUGGCGGGAUGGUCAAGUUUGAGGGGAACAAGCAACGUUUCUUCAACCAGAACUUUCUUUUAACGGCUCAGGCGUCACCUAAUAACGACCAGCCCGUGUGGAAGAUCGCUAGUGACCGGUUCCGUUUUCAAGACUGGAAUAGCUGA